GAAUACUUCUCCUCGGCUGAGAUAGGAUCUUCUUGGCAGUUCAGGGUGAUUAUUUUGCUGCUAUUACUCAUAUGGCCUUCAUAGGCUGGAUCUAAAUUUACCCCUUCUUGUGAUCAAUACACAACCAACAGGUGAGUGCUCCUCUUCUGUAUGCAUGAGGCAUGUCAUUGUGUGUCUAAGCUUUGAAUUUAUUAUUCAUCACAUGGCUACUUGUGUUUAGAGUUUUACAGGCUAUAAAACAGUGAACUAUGCCUUUGCUACCUCUUUCAUAAACAUCACAGUUUAGUUAUAGGUAAAGAUUAGGAUAUGCAAAUGUGAAGGAAAAACAAAUAACCAGUUAAGGAAAACAUUGUAAAUUCACCGACAGUUCAGACGCCUGUUCCUGUGGCAGGUUUCUAUUUCAAAGCAUCCUAUGAGAAUUCAGCUGUCGUUCCACUCAGCCAUGCAUUAGUAAUAAGUGAGGUGGUAGUGUACAGUUUACUGCCUGUAACUGCAUAACAAUCAUGUUCCUGCCGUGCAAGAUAGAACCACCACUCUUUUUCAGUUGCCUGUGUUAGAUUUCACAUCUCCUGUGUUGUGUCAAACCCACUUGAAACAUCUUUUGUCGACAUUGCAUCACUUAAUGAAUGAUGAAACAGCCAACACACAACAGCAGAGAGCAGCUACUUAUUUGGGUUAUUGUUUUUAAGUCCAGCCUGUCUCCACAGAGCGGAAAGUGCAACAUUAAACUGGCUUUGGUUUACCCUUAUUAAAAGUUGACCAGCAGGUACUAAAGGUUAUCAGUAUACUCAGCCUUGGUCGUCUGUCUUUGUUGCUUCAAUUUCUGAGAUAGUUUACGAAUUAGGUUUGACAGGUUAAAUUCACAUCCCUUGAGAGAAAUAUUUGACUUCCUUGUAUGAUGCAACAGUUUUUGCCAUCAGGCUCCUUGUAAAAAUGUAAUCACAAUCAAGUUUUGUCUUUGCGACACAGGUCUAUUAACAUUAUUAACUCCUGGCACAGCAGCUGCACUGAUAUCACGUUGUUGCCACCUUUGAUACUGAACCUUUGGUGUUAUUAGAGUGACUGUAAAUGCUGUAAAAAUAACGUCCAAGGCUUAAUUUUCUUAUCAAACACUUUCGUAGUUUCAAAGAAACUACUCAGUUUGAUAGCUGAUCGAUUCUUCAUUUGCCUGUUGCAGUCAGUCUGUUGCUCGGUGACUUUAUGAUUCACUUUAGUGUCACGUCUAAUCUCUUAAGUGUCCAAUGUUCAGGGAGAGGCUGUGCUGAUUGAAGUCACGUGAUGAGUGAUCACAGACAAACAGCUUGUCUACCGCAGGUUUACUACAGCAAAUAUGUGUGCUCAGGAUAUUGUAACCACUAGCCUUGAGUUGGUGUUGGUUGUAAUGUUUAGUUUGUCAAUAGAGACAUACUGGCUUUCCAUUAACAGCCAGGUUAAAAUGGUAGAAAAGUUAGACUGCUGUAAAUAGUCAUUCCAAAUGGUCAAAUCCUGCUGCUACAAAUGAGGGUUUUUAAAGGUUCAUAAUCGAGGUUUUGCAUGACAGCAUAGCUUUAGGUACAGCAAUGGAGCUUUAGUGGAAGCUUGCAGGGUGUGACAGCAUUCGGAGAGCACCCUGUUGACUGUCUAUCAUUAGUCUGCAUAAUUCAGCUGGGCUCCUGCUGUCUGCAGGUGGUGCAGAGGAGCUCAGUGCCUUUAGAAAAGGCAUAGAUACAUGCUGUUGAAAUGUGAUAUAUGUUUAAGAUUCCAUCUUUGUCAGCGUGUUUGGUCUUGCAUUUUUUAUAUGACUGAGGCAUGUAAACAUAACGUCAAUAAUAUUGAUUAUUGACCGUAGUACACAUAUUGUACUCAUUUUAUAUCAAAGAUGUGUUUUUUUCCCUUCACUGUAGCCAUGGAGAAGCAACUAGAGGAGCUGAAGCAGCAGCUGGAAAAGCAAUGUCAAAUCAACCAGGAGCUGCAGAGACAAAACAAAGACCUGGGUGAGCACAACCACAUGACCAUGAAAAAUUAACUAAGUAACUUCACAUCAGAACAUGCCCAACGUCGCAGAGAGGUGUGGCCAGGCUGGGUUGUGACCUUCAUCCAGCUGUGAAAUAGGGAUGAGAAGAGAUUAAUAUGUUUGAAGGGGUAAACGAUGGUGGAAGUAACUGGUAAAAUCAUAACGUGAAGCACCAGUUGCUGUCUGAGAAAGCAGGGUAUGUUCAGAGCCUAUGCCACAAGUAGAUAUUUGACCCUCAUGAGUAUUUUUGAUUCUAUUUUGCUUCAGAAGUACAAAUUCCUGCAGUGUUCGGGUGAUGUACUUGACUUCCCCAUCUGUUGCUAUGGUUUACAACCCAACUAGUAGGUUGAAAAGCAAAACUUGCAUUCCAGCAGGAAACAACACCUGAGAACUGAUAUAAGAUGAACUCAUAGAAAUUAUUUAUAGCUAAAUCAUCAUCAGGUGGUUGUCAGUCAGUGUACUUCAACUCAACCUCUUGACACUGGAUCAUAUUUCCGUGGCAUCUCAUUUAGACCCAUUCUGUAUACUUCUGAUGCAGGCAUCUGUGAGAUUACAAGCUUAGCAGCUCAGUUUCCAAAAAAGAGAAACCUGAAAUAUUUCAAUAGCCCAAUCCCUAUCCCCCAAAAGUGUCAGUUAACUAAAAUAUCAAAUGUUGAAACUGAAAAUUUUCAUUGUUAUAUGAAAAGUAUAUUCUCAUCUGAUGCUAGCAAUGCAUCUGUACAGACUGAUACUGGAUAACUGUUGAUUUUCAGGUCCUAAAACAGCACUGCAUUAAAAACAGACAUGCCUCUGCAGUAAAGAUCACCAUAUGGGUUCAAGAUUACUUUAAAAUACCAUUAUCUUUGAACACAGUUCAUGGCUGCAUCCACAAAAGUAGGCCAAAACUGAGAGGAAAAAACCUCAGAUAAACAUGAUCCAGAGAUGCAUCCUGUCAAAGAUUGACUGUGGCAAAAUGGGAAAACGGUCUCGCAAACUAAAAAAUUCAGUUUUUAAUCAACAUUUUACUUGGCAUCCCAACAUUUUUUGGAAUUGUAUAAAUGCAAGUCUACAAUCACAUGGUCCAGACUAUACAUCUAAUGACCUUAUCCCACAUUGAUAUGCCAGAAACUGUUCUGUUAAAUACAUGUUUGCAGUUUCAGUCUCAUUGAGUCGUGGGGUUCAUAAUUAAAACAUAUAUGCUAGGACAAAUAUACAAAGUAUCUGCAAACACAGAUACUGUAUUUAGGCUAUGGAAGACAUACUUUACUCAUGUUUAUUCUGAAUUCAAAGCAAAGGUCAUGGGCAUGGUUUGGUGUAUGUUCCUAUUUCAAAUAUAUUCAUGCUCUCAUCUCUACAGAAAAACGGCUACAAGAGAAAGAGAAACUUUUACAGGACCUGCAGAGUCAAUAUCAGGAUCUAGGUGAGCGUUCAACAUGGGAAAGAAGGGCAGGGAAUCACACACACACACACACACACACACACACACACACACACACACACACACACACACACACACACACACACACACACACACACACACACACACACACACACAAACACACUCAUACAUAUACACGCACAUGCACAAAACUGAGGUGACCUUUGAUUCAACAGUCUGCUGAAACAUGACAGCCAUUUACAGUACUUAACUCUCCGUUUCUGCCCUGUUUGUCUCAGACUUUCCUGUCCAGAGCAGUAAUGAGAUUGAUCCAGAGGUCAGAAAGAGCCGUGCGGCUGUCAUUGCCUCUGAACCAAUCCCUGAGACCCUGGAGAUUAUACGCACCAGGGUGAAGAAAACUGCCAGGUUUGUUAUCAGUGCUACUGUGGAGGGAGUAUGAUUGUUUGGGCAAGAUUGCGCAGCUUUUCACUUGCUUAGUGUGGCAAAUCUUACUUCCCCCCCCUGCAAAUUUCAGACACUGUGAUGCAUAGUAGUGCCCUAUGAUUCAAGUGAUUUACAUACUUUUACCCCUCAUCAUCAGUGAGACAACCCUGAUUGUCAAAGCCAUCCAGAAGAAUGACUUCCUGAGCCGCCUGGAUGAAGAGCAAACAGCCAUGAUGGUGGACCUCUUAGUGGUACUGAACUUCAAACCGGGGGAAGAUGUCAUUACAGAGGGCUCUGAAGGGGACAGCAUGUAUAUAGUAGCAGGUAGGUUUAGUUCCUUUUAUUGGCACAAACUGAAGAUUUUGUUUAAACUUCCUCCCUUAUGAAAGUCUUCGGCGAACAAUCGAAUAAUCAUAACUUUUUUUUUUUUUUCCACAUCGGAAAAAUUUAUCGCUUGAAUCUGCUUUCUCUUCAAUUUUUAGCUGGAGAACUUGGUGUCACACAAGCUGGCCGAGACCUCCGUACUCUAACCACUGGUGAUGUGUUUGGAGAGUUAGCUAUCCUUUACAACUGCAAACGGACAGCAACUGUCAAAGGUCAGUCUUUGUAAUGAUAGUCAUAAUAUAUCAAUAAUAAUAAUAAUGGCACAACCACAUGAUCAUAUGAUAAAUAAUUUAUAUUUGGUCAAAACUUUGGAAGUAAGGAAAUCAUGGGAAGGCCAUGGAGAGGAGGUCUUGUUUGGCCCUGAGGAAGCUCUUGUAAACUUUGAGAAGACUUAAAGCCUAACAUAGCAGGGCAACCACCAUGGAGGGAGUAUGGUCGCAGAAUACGAAAGGAGCUAACCACAAACCAUGACAGUGGGGGGCAAGCUGGAGUCUUUUAACCUCAUAGCCUUCAAUUUGGUCCUGAGCUUUGGGAAAUGAUCCACAGAAUACAAAGAACCAAAUUGAUUUUACUCCACUUGGAGUGAAGUCACAGUUUUUUCAUUUUGUAAAAAGCCUUUUGAAAUGUCUGAUGCCUCUGAUUGGGAUAUUUUCUGGGCAACUCUCUUCUCCUGGACAACUGAAAGGGGACUUAAGGUGUGGACCCAGAGCUCCUUAAAGGGAAUGUAUAUCACCCAGGCUUCUCCAAGGAGGAGCUGAAACCAGAAAGAUAAACACCCAGGCUAACCUACUUUGUCCUCGCCAACCUCAUCUGGAGCCUUAAACUGCAAGAAAGAGAAAAAAAUCAUGAUUGCAUGAUUAUCAUUGCCCAUUAAUCAAAGUUGAGAGUGGCAUCUGAUACUUCAUCCAGGAUUUUCUGAUGAUAAUAAAGAAUAUAAGUGGAUCUCUCACAUUGCAGCAAAGACAACAGUACGUCUGUGGUGCAUGGAGCGACAGACCUACAGGACAAUCAUAACUAACAAGUCAAAGAAGAAACGGGAGCAGCUCAUGGGCUUCCUGAAGACGUGAGUAUAAAGAGUGUGCUGAUGGCUAGUGGAGGUGUUUUCAGCCUUAUCUAUGAUAUUUUUUAAUAUGUCUUGCUGCAUUGACAUUUACCUAAUGGGCCUUAUAACUCUUUCUUGAAAUAUUUCCUCAAACAUUUCCUGUUAUUCCAGGUCUCGUACUUUGAAAGACCUGAAUGAUGUCCAGUUGUCCAAAAUAAUUGACUCAAUGGAGGAGGUAUGUCCUAUUCAGACCUUUGAGUUUUAUAAGUGGACUGUAUUCUAGAUGGUUGAAAAAUGGUUGAAAUUAGGGUUUUUAUAUCCAGACAAGAUUUGUACCAGUUUCCAACAAGUUUCCACCACUAACAUUUGGCCAACUCACAAAGAACAAUGAGUCGUGGUUGUACCUUAACCACAAACAUACAGUUUAUUAGUAUCAAUGUGUUAUCUGUAUGUUCUGCUGUAAAAUCCCAAACUUUUCUGAGGUAAAUAUAUCUUUAAAAGAUUUUCAACAUUUUUUUUUCAUACCAUUUAUGGCUCUUUUCCCUCCAGGUGAAAUACCAGGACAAAGAUGUUAUAGUUCGAGAAGGAGCAGAAGGAAACACUUUCUACAUCAUACUGAAAGGAGAGGUAAUGAGGUGUCAUGGUGUGUGCGUAAACUCAGAUCUGAAUGCUCCAGUGAACUGUACCAUUCUGUGUAUAUAUCGUCUCUAUAUGUCUUCUCGUGUUUGUUUCCCCCCUUUAGGUCUUGGUGACUAAGAACGUCAAUGGGCAUCAGAAGCAGAUCCGAAGGAUGGGAAAAGGGGAGCAUUUCGGGGAACAGGCCCUUAUACGGUAACCAUGGCAACACAUGCCUGAGGGCAUCUGCUAAAGCCUCUUGCAACGUUCACAGCUCUGUGCACUUUCCCCAGCUGCUGUUAUCUUUGACAUUUGUGAAACCUGCUUUUAAUCGUGCUCAUGUGAUUUGAUGAUUUAGGAUGAUUAUGAGUGAUUCAGCAAAUAUAGUAUCAUUUCUAGCUGCAGCUAAUAAAUUGUAUGUCUUUAUGACUGUCUGUGCUAUGUGGAAAGUAUGUCACCUUUGAAUAUAAAACAGACAUUAAUCUAAUAAUUUGAGCGUGCAAGGGUGUUUUUUAAUGAAAAUCCAGUUUCAUUUAGCUGGUGUCCUCUGCCUCGAGUUGGGUAAAGUCUUCUAGAUCAAUAAAUAUUUGAAAUGACUCACUUACUUACAGAAAAUUUAUCAUCAUAUGCUGACAAGUGGAGGGAAAAACUAAGGAACAAUCAGCUGACACUGAUUUCAGAGGCAAAUGCAAAAUUUUCUCACAUUUCUGACAGUAAUGUCCUCUUCAUUUCUUUGAGGUGCUGUUGUAUUUUUAUGUAUUGAGGUGCAAAAUGCUUUUCUCACACCGGCAGACAUUUGCCUUGUUUCUUCUCCUGCAGGGAAAUCUUGAGAACUGCUACCUGUGCAGCUGACGGCCCUGUUACCUGCUUUACCAUCGACAAGGAGUGAGUCUGAAUUGACAUUAAACUCUGAGUGUAAACAGAGGCCAGAUUCUGUUCAGUCAGGCCCUGCAGUGGGGGCAGUUUCUGCUGAAAAGAAAGACCCUUAAAAUCCCGAUUGUUUUUUUAAUGGUUACCUGUGUCAUUGUCAAGGGUUUUUCUUCUGCAGAGCUCCAGUAGCUCAUUAGCAAUUUGCCUCUGAGUCAUGGGCGGAGACAACGCUGCCCUGCACUCUUCAUGUCAGCUUCCUGUUGUAGAAGUAACAUAGGAGAUAUUCAGCACUUGGACACUAAUGUCUUUGGAGACAUGGUGAAAGUUAAUAUCAUAAUUAGCUUUCUUACGAGCAUUGCAUUCUGCUGAUGUGCACACUCGUUCCACGAUUGUCCUCUCUAUUUCUCCGAGUCUGGCCUGGAGGUUGGAGCUCCAGGGGCGGAGCUUGUAGUUGUGACGUAAGAAAACUCACUGUGCUGAACCUGCCUUUUAUGUCUGCCAGAGAUUCACAGCUAUUUGAAUGCAGAAAUAUUCAAAAAUGCAAUUUCGUACUUAUUUUUCUCAUGAUAUGUCCUGUAGCAUCAGAUACCAUAUGAACAUAUAGACAACAAGAAAAACACAAUUUUCACCAGAGUGGGUCUUUAAAGAAGUUCAGCCAUUGUAUUUUUCCUCUGUUACUGUAACUAUUGCUGCACACAGUUUGACAAACAAUGCUUUUUCUUUAGGGUGUUUGAAGAGACGAUUCCUGUUGAACACCUGGAGCUGUUUGAUGAGUAUGUACCCUAAAACUAUUCACAUUGCGUAACCAUCUGUCCCUCCUUCUCAGCCUGACUAGUGUGUCUAAUAUGUCCUGAUGACUAUUCCUAUGAAAUGCUAAUUAUUCCUGUUUGUUUUCAUACUCUAGCUCUAAAGUGUUGCAGGAGGCAAAAGCUUCAGAGAAGUUUAGGUGAGUGGACAUCGGAGAUGACUGCAUCCCACUGAAAAUAUAACACAAUCAUAAAAUUCACACAGUGGGUUUCUUGAAAUUAAAACUUAUAAUGAAAAGUUUUCCAUCUGUUUAUGUGUUCCUGUUAGUCCUCUCUCUACCUCUGCUCUGAGGUUUAAGGAUUUGGUUCCUGUGCUGUACCAGGAGGGUCGCUUUCAAGGAGAUCCUGUCACGCUUGGAGUUGGAGGGUUUGGCCGUGUUGAGUUGGUGAGUGUGUUCGCGCAGUUUCAAUAUCUGUAUUUCUCUAAUGUCUUUCCAAAAUACCUAUUACACUUACUAUAAGCAACACUGACCUUACAAGCCUAAUUGUAAAACGUAUUAUAUGAUCUUCCCAAACAGCAACCCUUAAGUGUUUGGAAUUAAAGCCACUGGGGAAGGGUAACACUCUGCAGCUACCGAAGGUUUCACUUCCAUCAAUGCCUAUAUUAAAAUGUCCAUUUUCAUUUUAAACAUGUUCACAGCCUGGUACAAAACCCCUUUUUGUCUCAAUAAUAACCUCUGUAUUGGCUGGGAUUAGAAGAGAAUUUAUGUCUUUAUAAUUUAGUAGUCAAGGUUUAAACUUUUGCACAAUGAGACAUCAUUUGGGACUUUGCUGACUUGACUCGCAGGUUGUAGCUGUUUGCCUCCCUCAACUCAACCUCUUAGCCCUUUGCAAGGUUGACUGAAAGUUAGAUUGAGUCAGCAAUUCCAGUAUGGCUGUUGACAUGUUGGACUUAUAAAGUAUGAUCUAAAAAAAACAACAGUGGGUGACAUCAGUGAGACUACGCCACUGUUUUGUACAGUUAGUAGAUUAGUAAAUAGAUAGAUUAGCAAUAAGCAAAAAUGAUUUGAAGCAUAAUCAGAAUCACAGAGCUGAAAAGUGAGCAUCAUACAAUGAGCAGAAAGACGCAAACAAUACAUAAUAUAUAAUGGGUAAUAUAAUGUAGAUGCUAUUAUAAAUCACUGAAAGAAAACUCUGAUAUAAACAGGAUAUGACAGGAUACUGGCAGCUGCUACAAGUCCACCUAUACAGAAAAACUUGUGAUAUGCAAAGAGGCAGUAUUCAGAAGUGGUGGUACUGCAUACCGGAGAGUACUGGCCUGCCAAAAGCACUGAUUGACAAUAUAUUAACAGAUUAGGUCAGCGUGACUUACAGUCAGUAAAAUGUGACAUUUUGACCAAAAAAUAUAAUUCUUGGGCAAAUCUUUUUUUCUUCUCUCUCUUUUUUUUUUUUUUCAAAUUUCAGUGUGACCCCGUCUGGGUAAAACUGAAACCAUAUCAUAAAAGCACAAUGCCCCGUCACAUUUCCAACAUCAUGACCCAUCAUUUUUGUCACAGUUUACUUUGAAUAAAAGUGAAUAAAAUAAUUGAAUAACAAUCGAUGAGGAAAAAAAGACUCAUUUUGCUUUUUGAAAUUGUAACACUACCUCUGGAUACCCUAACCCUCACUUUUGUCUGUUAUCCUUCAUUACUGCCAAUGAUUCAACACAGUCCCUGAGUCGAACUGAGGUCCAGUGAUGAAACAGAGUAUAGCAAGUAACCUUGAACUAUGAAUAAUGUUGUCCAAUCUGAGGAUCUGUACAGAGGAAGUGAGCAAAAACAAUCAUAAUUGAUUAUGUUUGAGCAUUAGGUUUCUGUUUUUGUUGAGAAACCUCGGGUUUUCUGAGUCAUAUCAGACAUCUUUUUGUAUACACAGGAGACUCAGUACUGCUAUGGGAAUGAAUGACUUUCAUUUUGCUGUCAUUUUUUUUAGAUGACCACAGUGAAUCAUGGGACAUAUUACGCCAUGAAGCGAGUCAGCAAGAAGCACAUAGUCGCCAAACGACAGGAAGAGCACAUGCUGUUUGAGAAGAAGAUCCUCAAAGCAAUCCAGUGUGACUUCAUCGUCAGGUAUGUGUGUCACCACAGACACACAAACACAAUCCUUCUCAUACAACAUUAAAAGAGCUGGACUAUAAUCGUGUUUUCUCUCUGUGUAGGCUUCAUGCAGCCUUUAAGGACACAAGAUACAUUUACAUGGUCAUGGAGUUCUGUGGUGGAGGAGAGAUCUGGACGAAGCUCAAAGAAGUGUAAGGAAAUAUGGAUAAAAAGUCUUCACGGUCGUCACAUAUUUAAGGGGAAAUAGUUACACAAGGUGGCCCUGAGAAUAAAUUCAUGAUUUGUAUGAGAGAAAGACAGGAAUUUAUUGCAUUCGUUAUGAAAUAUUCACUUAAGUUGCACUUUGCAAUCUCAAGUGACUACCAAUCAAUCAAUCAAUCAAAUUUUAUUUAUAUAGCGCCAAUUCACAACAGUCGUCAUCCCAAGACACUUUUCAAAGAACAAUAGCAGGUCUAGACGACCAUGAAAUACUCCGUUUUUGAGAGAACAGGAGGACAUUGUUGGAAAGGUAUUAAAACCUCUUAUAUCUGUUAUCUACAGAGGGCGUUUUGAGGAGCCUCUUGCUAUGUUCGCAGCUGCCUGUGUGGUGGAGGCCUACGCCUACCUCCACAAGAAGAACAUCAUGUACAGAGACCUAAAGCCUGAGAACCUGAUGCUGGAUGUAAAGGGCUACAUCAAACUGGUGAGAUCCCGUCUGUGCACGUGUGUCAAUCUCUGAACGAUUUCAGGACAGGAGCAUGAGGCCCUGUGCUGUCUCUAAAGUGUACAAGUAGAGGGAGUAUGCAUCCAUUGACCCUCACUUUGUUUAUGUCUGUGCGUGUGCAGGUGGACUUUGGUUUUGCCAAGGAGCUUGUGCGUGGAGAAAAGACCUACUCAUUUGUUGGCACUCCUGAAUACAUGGCCCCAGAGAUCAUCAAGAACCAGGGACAUGACUUUGCAGUGGACUUUUGGUCUCUUGGCAUUCUGAUCUAUGAGCUCUUAGCGGGAAGGUAAUAAAAGUUAAACUAUUUGUGAUGUUUUUAAAUGAAUAAAUAAAGAUUUCCAUCGUAAUCACCAAGUAAAAUGAAUCCCACAUGAGUUUUAAACUGUGGCAUCAUAGAUUUAUAAAUCCUUGUAAUAACCAGCAGAUGGCAGCAGGGAAAUACGACUGACACCUGAAGGAUCCAGUGACGGUUACCAAACAGAGAGUGACUGUAUCACUGCCUCAAUAUUUACCCCCCAAAAUAACACUUCUCUUUCUCUUUCUAAACCUGCCAGCCCUCCUUUUUCAAGCUCAGAGCCUCAGAAGAUUUACGCCAAGAUUUUGGACGGAGUGAUCAAGUAUCCACCUUUCUUGAGUGAGGCUGCUAAGUCUAUUAUCAACAAACUAGCCAGGUGAGGAAAAAACAAAUAACAGCCAUAAUACAAUCAAAGUAGUUUCUUCUUUUCUGGAGCAGAAUAACUCACAACAGAGUUGUUACAAAGCCUGACUCAUGAAUAGAAUUAAAUUAUAUAAAAAGAAAUCGAAGUUUCUGUAGAGUUACUACCUCUCCAGAGAAAAAUGACUGUAUGUAAACAGAUGCACUUUACACACAUUUAGUUGAAGAGCCGUUUGAUGCAAAUGUCAUGUCCAGCAAAUUCUCAUUAAAUAGACAUAGAUGUUAUUCUGACCUGUUUGGUUAACAUCCUCUUUUUUUGUUUGCAGACCACGGCCAGGUCAAAGGUUAGGAAACACCAAGAAUGGAAUCAAAGAUGUUCGACACCACAGGUUGCUAUGACGAUAUGUUUUACACAAUGGUUAAACAAUACUUUAUGUAUCAUAGGAAUUAAUCACCAUCGACCUUGCCGCUUCAUAAUCCUGAAAACAUGUAUCGUGUUUCUCUCUGUGUGUCUAAUCUUUACUCAUUUUCCACUUCCAGAUGGUUCAGUAACAUGAACUGGCACAAACUUCGUAUGGGUCAGCUCGAUGCUCCCACUGUCAGACUUACACGCAAGGCAAGUGGAGGCACUAAAAACUGCAUUUGAUUAAUGCUGUGCGAAAAUUUGCAAACUUCCUGCAGAACUAUGAAUGGAGGAGUUGGGUGAGGUAGAGCGGUUGAGCUGUAGCCCAAACUGGCUUCUCACUUGGACUCUCUCUCUGACUCUGUCUUCUUUCGGUCACUUCUCUACAGACUUCUCACUCUUUCCCCCUCCCUUUUCACAUGUAGGUAUGAUAUGAGGUGAGAGCUAACUGUUAAGCCUCCCAGAGGUGUCGUGGGUAUAAUGUGAUAAAACACUAGUGGUGAAGCGAGGUGCCCACUUGAUAAUUAUGUUCAUGUAAGGACUCAUGCUACCCCCAUAUUUCUUCAUGUUUGAAUUGUAGGGGCCAUGCAGUUAGUGAUGUUAUUCAUCAACAGAGCUUUUAUAUUAGGAUAAAGGCUUCUUUACCGAGCAACUAUCAUUCUUAUUAAAUCUGUAUCUGUACCAUAGACUGUGUAUAGAAUAGACGCUGUCCACCUCCUCACUUGGUUUGCCACCACGAGAACAGCACCCCCUGGUGACGGGCUGCAGUAUAGGUCAUAAAUCCUGCCUCCUUCAGCUAUCCCUAUGGAGCUGUGGACAAACUUUAGAAAUUUAUUACACAGCAUACAAAUUUUCUUACCCCCUGCUUGCUAUAUUGACAUGUAGUUACUGCAAGACUGGUUUGUUCUCAAGUCUUCUUUUUUUUUUCUAAAAGCUAUUAGGAGGUUCAUGUUUUCUACGAUUGACACUUGAUACAGCCCAUGGGUGUACGAAGCUGUUUGAGCCGAGUGUCAUCACAGCGACUCUCUCACCGAAUGUGUACAAUGCUACUGCACAAGUGGUGGAGUGUGUACAACGCUACUGCGGAAUGUUUGUUUCAGGGAGUGGAGAAAAAAAAAAACAGGAAAUACUGAGAGCUUUUCGGCUUCAAAUCUGUAUACUGGCAAAAGGCGAAACCAAGUUGUCCAUAGUUUAUACAGUCUAUGAUCUGUAUCUUGUGUAUAUUUUGAAUAAUCAUCGUGAACUGUUGCCUUUUCUCCCCUCAGGGCCCCUGCUACAUCAACUUUGAUCGUUUCGCUGCAGAUCAGACUAAAGCGGACGAGGAGUUCUCUGGAUGGGACCGCGACUUCUGA